UUCAAAACAAAUAAAAUAAUGGCGGCCCGCUUAAAAUCGAGUGUUCUACAGUUGAUUCGGUCACGAAAUACACAUUUUAGGUUUGAGUUUAAACAUUUUCUAUGAAAUUAAGAGUUCUACUUGGGUAUACCAACUUAAUGAAAGUCUUGCUGUGAUUUCAGCUCAGUAGCUAAACCCUAACUGCCACAUCGUCGAUGUCAAACCAGGUCCUAGCCUCAUCCCAUCCUCAUGUUGCGCAGCUGAAAUUUCCCUAAAUGUAUUAAUGAUAAAGUUCAGCCAACAAUCACGAUGGGCCAAGAAGUAUAACAAGAACUCUGUUUGCCUGGGUCUUCUUCGAUUAUGUAGCUAACGUUAAACCCGUCAUCAGCAACUUGAUUGAGUGACGUAGCUAACGACGUUAGCUUGGUAGCUAAAAAACAUUCAGUUUUGUUCUGCAGUCUGGUCAUUGAGGCAUUCCCUAGCUUAGUCAGUGUCACUGCACAACCAUAGGUAGCUAACGUUAGCUGCUUUGUCGUUUCUUUGCUUUUUGACAGUCUCAAGUUAAUGUUUCAAGACCAUCGGACAGUCAUCCAACAGAUUGGGUUUGUAAGGAUAAACCCACUCUGUUGAAUGAAUGUCCGACCAUCUAAAUACAUGACCUGACAUAACUGUCUGUUAAAGGUUUACAAUUAUAACGAGAAACCAGUUCCACACACAAUACACAUUGGCCAGAACUUCCGAAAACGUCUGCUUCUGACAGUACCCACACAGUUCGCAGGUGAGAAACCGUCCUUUCUGAUCACAUUUACUAACUAGAAUAACCACAUCCAAAGGCUACAGUUGUCAUGUUUUCUGUAGUAUAUACAGAGUAGGCCUACAAGUGGAACUACAGGUAACUGCCAAAAUAAAGGAAACACUUGCGUACAUUUUGGAUGCAAAGUAUAUUGAAAGCAGGUGCUUCCACACAGGUGUGGUUCCGGAGUUCUUCGUGGCAGACUAGACGCUGUGUUACAUAUUUCUGCCUUUCUCACGUAGGAGUGCAGAUUGCACAUUUUGGUCCCCCCCAAAAAAGUGGGAGGGGAAACUCUUAAAUUGCACCACCAUCUAACCCCUUUUCUCAAAACUCCUUGUAGAUCUUCUGCACCACAAUCUCUCACCCAAAUAUCUUUCUGCCGAUGCGACUACCACAUCUAUGUUCUGUGAUUUGCAGUCCAUCAGUGCAGUGCAGUUGAUCACCUUUGCUAUAAUUGCAAGAUAUCCAACCUUACUGAAAAACUCAUCCUCUCUGAGUCUUUCUUCAGACCUACUCACUGGGGAACUCCCAGUUGAUUCUCUCACCUUUGGGCUGUCCUCUAGUCUCUUCACUGCCUCAUAGGAAACUUUCUGCCCCACUCAACCAGUCUCUCUCUCACAGGGCACUUCUGAUCUCCAACUGCAUGGGCGCCCCCGCAUUUGACACAGUGCUUUUUGUAACCCAACUUUACACUCCCAUUGACUAUGCCCUUCUGCACAUUUCUCGCAUUGUGGGAUAUCCUUUCUACACACUGCUGCAACAUGUCUGAAUCCUUGACACCUAAAGCACCGUAGCGUGUUUGGAACAUAGGCCCUCACAGAAUAGCAAAUAUAACCUAACCUUAUCAGGUAGAAACUCUGUUAAAGUUCAACAAGACAGACAGGGUAUUCUCAGUUGCAUUGCCACUGGGUCUACAUCUUACCAAAAGGUGGGUGUCACAAACACCAGGGAUAUUCUUUUUCAUUUGAUCCACCUCUAUGUUACCCACCAGUCACCCCUUUGAGCACGACACAGGUUGAGCCACGAGAUGUGUGAUGCACUGCGCCCGCUGCCUCUGGGCAGAGGAUGCAGAACAAAUCUCAACAAUUCCACUUCUCUAAACUUUCAAAGAUGUAACCGCUCGCAGCUUGUCCUUUACCGUGCCUGAAUCAAUGUACGGUUUGGCCAAAAAGCAGGAAUCCACUUUUUCCUUAAAUCUCACUCCAACCUGACCGAAAUCAUUUGUGACAGGACUCCCAUGGCAAACACUGGAAGUGUCUACCACACCUGUAGCUGUAGGUACUUCAUCCUGGUCUGGCUCGACUUCAGAGCACUCACUACUGCUGACUGAUGUUCUCAAGAGCACAAGUAGAUUUAUAGGUAAUUUUUCUUGGUUUGUAUUCAGGAGAAAAAAAAUAUUGGACAAAGGUUUGUACUCAGGAGACGUAGGUAUGUACUUGCCUUUUUUAUGCUUUUGUGUCAUCGCACCCUGGUUCCCGAGUUAAUUAAGAAAUUAACAUCCCAUCAUGCUUAGGGUCAUGUAUAACAAUGCCCAGUUGCCCAUCAUUUUGGUUACCAUGGCUAGAAGAAGAGAUCUCAGUGCCUUUGAAAGAAGGGUCUCAAUGGUGCAUAGUGGGAUUAAAGGGUGUGUGUGUGUCUGUCACCAGAUCUCAACCAAAUUGAACAGUUAUGGGAGAUUCUGGAGCGGUGCCUGAGAAAGCGUUUUCUACCACCACCAUCAACAAAACACCAAAUGAGGGAAUUUCUCGUGGAAGAAUGGUGUCACAUGCCUCCAAUAGAGUUCCAGACACUUGUAGAAUCUAUGUCAAGGCCUGUGGUGGCCUAACUCCCUAUAUUAAGACACUUUAUGUUGAUGUUUCCUUUAUUUUGGCAGUUAGCUAUAUGCUCAAAUGAUUGCGGUUACAGUUGUAUUGAUAGCAAUAUAGAUUUAUUGAUGUAUAAUGUUUUGAGAGUCUGGGAUAACAAAUGAUGGGAAUAGGAUAGGUUGACUAUCUCUUAUUUGAAAUGUAUUUAUUCUAUGCUGUGUAAUACCAGGUUGUUUUUAUACUGUAGGGAUUACUGUUGUUUUCUGGUUUUGUCUAUAUGGUGUUUAUUCCAUUGGGGAUCACGUUGGAAACAAGUAGAAUUGCUUUAAUGUGUUAUUCCCUGGGUUGUACUCAGUGCAUCUUUCCCAUAUUGGAAAUAUGAACAAUGAGCAGUAACCAUGACAAAACCAGACAGUGUGAAUAAACUUGUUCUCUAAACAUCAGCUUGUUUGCUUUUCAGAGUGUGGGAGAACCAGUGACAUUUGUACAUGAACUGCUGUAGGAGAACUCGAACCGAAGAUAAUCAUUUGUGCUCUAGGAACAUAUUUCUUAGAGGUUUACUGUACUGAUUAACCUAAGUUACAGUUCUGUGUAUGCCUCAAGUAAAAAAUCUAUUGCAACGUGCAAUGUGCUUCUCCACUGUUUGUUGACCCCCCUUGGUUUUCACAGAAACCUGUUUGUUUGAAAUGGAAGGAGUGAAAGGUGUGUUCUAUGGCCCUGACUUCAUCACAGUGACCAAGACAGAUGACGAUGUGGAGUGGACAGACAUUAAGCACCAUGCCAUGGAUGCCAUCAUUAAGUGGAGACCCCAUGAGCACGGGGGUGACCCACGAUGAGAGCAACCCACAGUGAUGGAGGAUGGCAGUGAUAUAAUCUUUAAGGGCUUUGAGAAUAGCACGGUAAAGCUGAAGCCGGUUGGCUCGUGCACCGGAUGCCCCAGCUCCACUGUCACCCUGAAGAAAGGCAUCCAGAACAUGCUGCAGUUCUAUAUCCCGGAGGUGGAUGACGUGGAACAGGUGGAAGAUGAAGUGGAUCAUGUCAACGCAAACGUUUUCACCGAGUUGGAACGCAAGUUUGGAGACAUAAAACUGUCGGCCCCCAUGCCUAUAGAUAAACUGUCUGUUGUAUAGAUGUCAUGCAAACCAGGUAGACACUGCUUACCCUAGUGCAAUGUUCAUGAUGAGAGAAUAAUAUCCAUCAUUGCAAUUUCAAAAUACCUAGAAGUGUUCUGUGCGCUGUUGUCUAUUAGUGUGGCGAGAAAAUUACUGUUAUUGAUUCUACAUAAAUAUUUUCAGUGCA